CACUAAUGUUUAGUCUCAUAAAAUAUUUCUCUAAUUUAUAAGGAUUUUAACUUUAAAAUGAAUUGAGGUUUUGAUUUGCACCCAGACAGAUUUAUUGGAAGAAAUUUAAAUCUGACUAAAAUCAAACAUAUUAUAAUUCCAAUGGGAAAAAGCAAACUAGCAAAAUCUUCAGUGGUGAAAGAGUUAAUCUUGUAAAUUACAUCAUUGCUUCUGUUUGGCCUUUACCAUCUACCCCACCCCUCCCAUUACAGCCCUCCAUCUCAUCUUCAGCCUCCUCCCUCUGUGUCUCUCCUCCCCUCUGGUCCCAGCCCCUUCAUUAACCCAGUAUGAAAGGGAAGCCUCUUGCUGGCAGCCACAUAACCAGAACCUCCCUGGAGCUGCUCUCACACAGCAGGAAAACCUACCAACCAAGCCUCAACCUGGGAACCUCUGACUCAAGACAGCGCUUUAUCAUUUUCUAAUUUGACAUGGAGCUCCACAGUAUGAACAAAAUCUUCCAUCCUCAUCACCUCGGUGAGGAGAAGCAACAGAUGCUGAACCUGAACCGACGACUGGAGACCUACCUGAACCGGGUCAAGGUGCUGGAGGAGGAGAACAUGAUGCUUGCAAAAGAGAUCCAAGCUAUAAGACACAACGAUCAGGGUCGCUCCAUGCUGAGGAAGGGUUUGGAAAAACAGCUGCACCAGGCGAGGCUGGAAGUGGACGCAGCCUGGAGGGACAGGGUCCUCACAGAGCUGGAAGUUGGUAAGCUGACAGAGGAGCUCGAAGCCCUGAACCUGCAGAGACACAGGGAGGCCGAGGCCAAACAAAUGGCCAUGAAAAACCUGGAGCAUAGCAGGAAAGAGCUCGAUGAAGAAAAGAGAGCACAGCUCUGGCUGAGGGAGAAAGUCAACCAGCUGGAACACGAGAUGAGGCUCCUAAUUCAAACCCAUGAGGAGGACGUGGCCCACUUGGAAAGUGCACUGACCCAAUCCAGAACCACAGUCCCACCUGCUUUUACUCAGAGAGGCAACCAGACUCCAGACCUCAUCAAGAUGGGACAGGAGUUCUCCCAAAAGGCCACCAGGGCAUGGCAGGAGGCAGCUGAGGCCUACCAGGGCCAGCUUGUUCGGCUGGAGGAGUCGCUCGAUCAGGCCAGGGGGCGUUUGUCUCAGGUGAACCAGGAGAAGCUGGAGAGCCAGUUACAGAUUCAGGCUCUGGAGAAGGAGAUCGCCUCAAGUCUGGAUGUCAGGCUGCAUCUGGAGAAGACAACAGCCCAACGGAGGGAUGAGUACGGCCUGGAGAUCCAGAAGCUCCAGGAACACUUGGAGGGUCUGGAGGUGGAGAAGGAGCAGUUGGGUCACCAGAUUGAUCACCUCCUUCAGGAGAACCGCAGCCUCAUGCAGAUGAAGAUGUCUCUGGGCCUAGAGGUGGCAACAUACAGAACUUUGCUGGACGGUGAAAGCCUCAGAGGUGAUGCGGGUUUGAUGAAGAAACCAAGAAAUAUUUCUAUCACAGACGCCGUUUUCAGUCCUCGUGGGGUUUCAGUGAGUUACCACAACCAGCUGUCUGCCGGCCGUAAGAGCACUUCCUCCUCGUCUGUGUGUCCGGUCGCACCCAAAGGGACAAUCCCAGCGGCCUUCAGGAGCAGAAAUCCUGAGUGCAGCUCGACACAACCAGCAGAUGUGACAAAACCCAAAACGUUAGAAAGUCCGUCUCCAAAAAGAAUCCAGGAGGAAGUCGUGGAAAAUGUUAGACGUCAAGAGUUUAAAGUGACAAAUGUUGAGCCUUUGCUGACUUCUUAUGAGCUUAAAGCGUCUGCUGCAGCUCUGGAGGAAAAGGAUGGAAGCGGAUCAAGCGUGGUUGAGGAUCCUGAGGAAGUCACUAAGUCUGUCGUUAGUUGUCAGGUGGAGUCUGGACUCAGCAGUGAGCCGUGUUUCAGUGAUGAAGCUGGUCUGCAUCAGUUCCUGGAACACAGUAUGUUACUGAAGAGUGACAGAGCAACAGAUGAACCCAACAGCUUCUCUGAUGAUAUGGAAAAUUAUCCAGGAGAAGAAAUAGUAGAGACAGAAGGUGAAGGUAGAGAUGAGGUGGAGGAGACACGAGACUCCGAAAUAGAAGUAACACUCAAAUCAACCACUGAGUGCAUGUCCAGCAGUGUGGAUUCUGAAUGUGAACCUACCCAAGAGAUGACAGGUGAUGCUGCAGGUGAGGGAAUGCAGGAAGUGAUGGAGGAUAAGUUAUACCCUGAUGGAGAAGAGAUGGACACGUGGGACAGCGUGAUAGAGAGGAAAGUUGAUGUGAAGACAGAAGAGGAGCUGAAACAUGAAGGAAAAACUCAACACGCUGAACCAGAAGAAGACAUUUCAGCAAAAGAGACGAGGCGUGCUAUGAACCAAAUCAAUCAGGAUCCAAUCGUGGCCUCUUUACAAGUAAAUGGUUGCCAGCAUGGCUCAUUAGACCAAGAUGAAGCUCCGCCCUCCGGCAAUGAAGAGGAAGAUGAAGAUGAUGAUGAGGACUCCCAGAACGUCUCGGUGUCCUGGAGGACUGAGCUGGAGAGCGACAGCUAUGCUCAGGACAACACUCUUGCUGACACGCGCCCUCUGAUCCGAUACAAAAGCGAUGAGACCGACGCCCACACACAGGCGUCUCACCUGGACGAGAGCGAAUCGAGCGACGGCGAGCAGGAGAGGAAGGCGGGAGAGGCGGGAACGUGGAGCGAGGGGAAAUCAAAGACGUUUGGAACCAUGGAAGACCUGUGUGAAGAGGUGGAGGAUGAAUCGGUGGAUGACGAGUAUAACCCCGAAGACAGGGAUGUGAGCCAGAACACGGUGAUAAGUGAGCACGCUGGGGGGGAGAAUGAUCUAGAAGAUGAAGACGGAAGUGCUAGAAAUCUUGACAGAGAAACUGAAGACCUUACUGUAACCCAAGGACUAAAACUUGAAGAGGAGGAGCUGGAGAUGGACAUACUCGUAGAAGAAGAGUUAGAAAACCAGAUGAGCUCCGACGCUCAUUUCUUACAGUGGCCGGUCAACCAAGAUCUGAGCCACAACGAGGAGCAAGAGUUUGAGAGAGCAACAGCUGAGGACAUCUCUGCAACGGAAAAACAAGCUGCCAUUAAUGGCUCCUCGGUGGAAGAACAUGAGGUGGAACCUAAAAACCAAGAAGCUGAUCAAGAACAGACUGCAUCCUCUUUUAUGUGUGCUGAUGGAAGAGAAGAUCCUACUGCUUUCCUCAUCAGCUCUGAUGAACCUGCAGAUCCUGAAUGUGUUGUGGCUUUGGUGGAAGAGGACAUAGAAAUUCAGGAUGUGGUCAAUACCAAUGAGGUCACUGAGGUUCCUCCUCAUCCACCAGAGGAGGAAGAAGAAGAAGAAGCACACGCGUUUCCUGAAAACGCGGAAUGGGAUGUCCUUGAAGACCCAUCAUACCAUUUUAAAACAGAUCAAGACAGGAAGUUUAUCCAUCAGGAAUCAGCUGAUUCCAAUCCCGAAACUCAGGAAGAAGAGACAGACAUCUUCAUAGUUCCAUCAGAUAACAAACCACAUGACUUCUUCUCCUCUGGCGUGAAGAACGACUUCUGGGUGUCCUCCCUGGAGGGCGGUGCAACAUACAAACCCUCGGACUCCUGCAAGGAAGCAGAAGAGCAAGAAGAUCCGAAUCAAGGAGUCCACCGAGCUGACGAGAGCUUUGAAAACCCAAACGUGGUUAAUGGUAACUCCAUAGUUGUUGCUGACUCAUCUAAAUCUUUAGCUGCUGUGAAAGAUCCGACGCAGGGUUCUGUGGAAGUGAAGAGGGCUUGUCAGAAAUUUUUUGAGGGAAAGAUAAUCCACUCUGAAGACUCUGAAAUCGAGGCCGAAUCGUGGUCAUCUGGAGAAGAAGCAGCAGAGAGAAAUCCUUUUUUAGACUCAAAGUAUUAGCCUUGUUUUGUGUUUCAAACCCAAAGUUGUACCUCGGUGCACUUUUUAGUGAAAUUACCAAAACGGUGGACCGGUCCUUUAGUGUGCAUGUUGUAGAAUAGCAGUUUGUGCAUGAGGAAUGAGCAUGGAGACGGAACAAAGAAGAGGAUUUGAAAGUCAAAACAGUAUUGAUCACGGCCUAAUCAGACUUUACUAGAAAAAUGGAAAUCAAUGAGAGCAGAGGGUUUGAGAUUCUCAUAGAGCAGCUCUUUCUUAGAGAUAAUAACUAGCCUUUGCUCUGGUUAAUUAGUUUCUUUUUACCUGGAUGUGCAUGUUUUAGUCACUAAUGAGGAACAUGUUUUCACUUUUACUUGAUUUAUGGUGUGUUUACAGAGCAAAAUAAAACAAUGAUUCAUGAA